AAAAGAAAAUGGCGUCUUAGAUGUAGGCAUAUCAACAUAUAUUUUAAACGUUUUUCUAAUUUUAUAUCUAAGUAUAAGUAGACAAAUAAUGGGUACUCACCAUAAUAGCGAAACCGAACAAAUGGCACCUCAGCAGUGUUUAAAAGUUUUUAUACAAAGGGAUUAUAGUGAAGGGACAGUUGUAAAAUUUCAGACUAGAUUUCCAGUGGAACUGGAAGGAAGAAUCGAAAGGCAAGCGUUCGAGCACACAAUUACUAAGUUAAACGAGUACUUCGCCAUUGCGGAAAAGGCGACCUGCGCAAAUUACUGUGAAGGCUGUCUGGCGUGUCUCACCGCUUAUUUAAUAUACAUUUGUAAAGAGACGCACUACGAGAAGUGUCUCAGGCGGGUCUCCAAGUUUGUGGCCGAACAAAACGAGCGUGUGUAUCAACCGCGAGGUCUAAUAGUUACGGAUCCGAGCUUGCGAGGCUUACGUGUGAUAGAGAUUAGUUGUUUAGAUCGACCGCCUAACGCAUGACUGACGUUGUCGCACUCCACUCAGGAGUUCUUCAUGUAAACUCGCUAGUUUUAACCCGGUGGGACGGUUGCAAGUGGGAAUGUGGGUGUCGUACGGAAGUGGCUACCAUAAUCUAAACAAAAAUGUAUAUUACUUCCAUUUGUAUUUAUAUUUAUUAAAACCCAUUAUAAAUUAUUCAACAGCAAAAUGUAUAUACAAAUUAUUAGGACAGAUUCACAAAUUUUUUACAGCCUAAAACUUAAGUUAAAAUCACUAGCGUUAACAAAUUCACUGUAGAUUCGCCAGUGUGAACACCUCCCUGCUACAAAAUUAAGAGGUUCAAAUUGCUUGGAUGUGUGGCAUUUAAAGUGUCUACCGUCAGCUCUAAGACAUAUUCCUUCCGGAUCUGGAAACAAAUCGUUGAUUAUAUUUAUGUAUACGUAUUAACUAAUUAAAAAUUUUAUUACUUUUAA